CUUUUAGCGUAGUGCAUUUGGGUUUUGUGAUUUGGGGUACCCGGGUAUUGAAUGGUCUAAGAUUGCCGAAGAACACCUCCCUUGAGCCCAUGUCAAUCUCCAGUCAUGCAUUCACUCCCAAUCAACUUCUUGAGCUGCUCUUCUCUGCGGCUCGAUCCUACUAGUCCCUCUGCGGUUACAGCAUCUCUUUUGAUGCAAAAGAUACGCAACUGUACAACAAACCGUUGCUUCGUUGCAAGGCGUUGGUAGAUAAGUACUGUAUCCAUGAACGUACCAGUAUCUUUUACCUUUUGAACUAUGACUGGGGUUGGAUUCUUCGGCUGGGGCCAACGUGGAUGUGUGAUGUGUGUUUGCUGAAAGGAUGUUGCGCAGCAUCCCUCUCGUCCUCAUCGUCUUUUCACAAUUCUGAAGCAAGCGCAAACACAAGCGAAACACAAUCGCACAAAAGCAACUAGCUAGUAUUGCUUACUAGGAACUGCGAGACGAAGAAAACCGACAGAAAACAUCUAUACAAGCAACAAGAGAAAAACAACUCCACAGAAAGUUUUAAUACAUCAUUUUAUAGCACUCACUGAUCACACCAACGAAAAAGAAACGAAAGAAAGACAAAACCAGUUCAGAUGAUUUUUCCGACAACUUCGAAAGCCAUUUUGUUGUGGGCUGCGCUCCUUGGGUCUGGCCAUGCUCUGGACACCGCUGAAUCAGCAAUAGGCGUGCCCAGUCCUGAAGCACAACCUGCUAUUCCCAAGCCAGAGCUCCCAGGUGCAUUGGGUCAGAUUCAAGCCAAGACGCAGCUCUUGAGGAAGACUUCAAUCGAGAAGCAAAACCUUCGCCAGAGGACCGAGACUGCUGUGGAAGCCGAAAAGACACUCAAAACUGUCCGCGAUCAGCUUGAUGCGCUUGACGUUGGUGGUUUUGAGGUCUUUGAAAAGGCCCGCGACAACACUAAGGAAGCACUCGAUGCCGGACUCAGGGAAGUUGGCGCUGUUGUGGAACUGAUGCACAAGGCCGAAAUGGGAUCCAGCGAGAUUGCCGACAUGAUUGCAGAGUACAAGCUUGGACGUCGUACAAGCCGUCGCAACCGUCGAAACCUUGCCACGGACGCAGAAGACGAAUUCUCUGAUUUCAAGUACCAUUCCAAGCCACCAAACAUGGACGAAGGUGGUAGCAGCUUCCACCAACAGCACCAAAAGAAGACUCGUGCUAAGUACAAAGUUUUUUUUGAAAGGGAUCAGUCGGCAGCAAAUAUGCAUCAAAAAAUAAGCAAAAUGCACGAUGCAGUCCUAAGUGGCGACCACACGCACCUCCACAAGGUGCUUCGGACCCAUCAUAAGAAGGCGGAUAGAUACAACUCGGCCAACAGUAGCGGGAGAAGACUGAAAAAGGUAAACACUUUCAACGAGGACCCCUUGGAACAUGCCAAAGGAAAGCAAUGCAAGAUCUUGACAAACUGUGCAAGAAUGAUGUCUUUCUAUGACCUCUUCAUCUUCGUCUACUCUGACGAUAUUGAUGUCAAGGGAGGCAAGAUUGAUAAGGACAUUAUUCAUUUUGAUGACUGGGAUCUGCACAAAAAGUACAAGCAGGUGAACUUGCUCUCGAGGAAGAUUUGGAAGCGACACAAGCAUGCCGAAGACAAGCUUUUGGCAUACGGCUUGGACGAGGACUGUGACAACUUGCUUCAGCUCUUUCACCGAAAUAUUGAGCAAGGGGACGUGCCACAUUGGGAAGGCGCUACUGUCUCGCAGGUUUGCUUGGCUGAGGGCACAGCCGAGUUUGUACCCCUUGGAGAGAUUUCCAAGGCCGUUGGUUUGAAGAUCACCUCGAAGAUUUUGGAAGAGCAGAUGAACUGCGCGUGGGACCUCUACAACUCAAAGAACCGCACAGAAGAUGAACGAUACAGGCGUGAGCCCUUCAUCUUCGCUGAUGAAAAGCAACACAGCAAAACGGACCGUCUCACGAUUGAUGAUCUGCUCAUCCCUACCGGCAUCAACUAUGACAUUAGAGAUGAGUUUGGGCAAAUCAAAGCAGACGACGAACGCAAUUCCCACAAACGAUUCUAUGAGUACGAGGCAUACCAUUCCCCAGACUUGCGAGGUCUCCCCGCCAAGGAGAAGCAAGAUGCCAUUGAGGAUGUCUUCAAAAAGGUCCAGGAUGGAUUUGACCUUGCUCUCGGAGAAAAGCAAUCCGUUGGUUUUGUCUGCGGUGUAAAACAAGGAAUCACAGAAUUCAAUCAGCCUUUCCCGGGACACUGCUGUCUUGAUGCACCCUAUGAAAACCAAGGGGAUGAUUGGGGACGAAAGAAGUCGUGUCAUGCUGAAUGCAAGAAUCCAGGCCCAUUUCUCUCGGGUCUCUCGGAGGAAGCGUGUUCUGCUCAUGGAGGAUUCUGGUGUCAGUCACCCGCCAACUGUGAGGUUCUCCAAGAAUGUGUUGACGAUCAGAUUGCCAAGGCUGAGCAGAACGGCUUCCUGCCAUACGCCGCCUUCCUCAAGGGUGGUCUAAUCAAGAAUCCACAUGACGCACACGACUGUGGUAGAAGCCGUGAAUACUUUGGUUUUGACGAGACCUACAACAAUGAUGCAGAUGUUUGCGAGAAUGUCAUUCAGCUUAGGAACACACGGAACUUUGAAGACCUCGACAACUUCUUCAACCAGGGCAGCAAGGGUAGCGACAAAGAGGAGAAUAAAGCAAUCCCCUCUGCAUCAAUCGACAAGAAGGCUUUCACCUUGUUCCUCAAGGAGCCAACUAGGGAUAGAUCUGGGACUGAGCCUGUCACUCAGGGUGGAGCAUGGUCCGCAACGAACUUCGCUUUGGAACAGGCUAGUGCCGUGGUAAACCUCAUCCUCGACAGUACCUCGGACUUUGAAUGCCCUGACGAUGGCUGGGGAAUCAUUUACACGAUUUGCGGGGCAAUCAAGAACAUCUUAAUGCCCAUUCUUGCAAUCGUCCUGUCCCUGCUCGAAAUCGUCCUUGCAAUCUCCGAAUUCACCAUGAGCGAAUUGUGCGAACCUAGUGCAAUCGAUCACCUUGAGGUAUACGAAAACACAGAUGCCAUAUUCGCCAACAUGGAAGUUACCUUCAAAUACCUCGAUCACAUCUACAAUACAGUCACUUCCAACCAAGGCCAGAUUGCAAAGGCCAAUACAAAGACUGGGGACAUCCUUCAAGAGAGGAUGGACCGCAUCGAUGAAACGUUGGCUUACAUUGUUGACAAGCUCGACGCUAUGCCUGAACCUGCAGUCACCCACAGACCAACCCCGGUGCCCACGAAACCUCCAACUUCCGCUCCAACUCUUACUCCCGGCAAUACACAUGCCCCCUCCAGCUCUCCAAGCGUGGCACCAUCUGCGGAAGACUUCUGUGACGAGAUCAUGACGAUUGACAGCAUUGUAGAUUCGGACUGGUACUUUGAAGAAUGGGGUUGCUCUGAAGUCAACCCUUGUAUGGCCAAGUACGAUGCUGAGAAUUUUACUCUUGCGAUGGGAGCUUCAGUUGGAGACUCUAAAGGCUGGCAAACUCUAAACAAAGCUGAAACUCGCCGCUUGCUUUGUGGAUUACCAUUCUCCGCGGUUUGGGAAGGCGAAGAAGAGGUCGAAAAGACACUGCACUUGAAGGACGGUAGCAUUGAAGUCGUCGAGGAAGGAAUCGUCUUCUCGAGAUGCAAGGCUAUUUAUUCUCUGGAAGAUAUUCACAAGUCUGACUGGAUUCAAGAAGAGUGGGGUUGCCCUGUGAAUCAUCCAUGCAUCGAAGCCGAAGUCGACCAAGACGGUAGAUUGUGGAUGGGAAACCCUGUCGGUCACAGUGGAUUUGGUCCCGGAAAGGAGUUUGGAAGGUUUCGUCACCUGCACACAGUCUCAGAGGCCGAAACGCACAGGCUAUUGUGUGGUCGACCAGCUGAAGCUAUGAUCAGUUCCGUCUCAUCAAAGGUCGCACCGAAGGGUCGCGGCCUCAGUGGUUUGAACUCCGCCACAGACUUCACUCGUAAAGCCCUCGAUGGCAUGGAAGUUGAUACGAUCAAGGAAGAGCUUGAUGAUAGUGAAAUCGAAGAUAUGAUCAGCCAGGCAAUCAAAAUGAAGGACAGCGACACUCUCGAUAUCGGAGAAAUGGAGAUGACCCGUGCCUGCACCGAAAUCUAUACUCUUGGAGAUGUUGUGGACUCGGACUGGUUCUUGAAAGCCUUUGGCUGCAACAGCGAUAGCCCUUGCACUGCGCACGCUGACGACGAUGGAAUCCUGUGGAUAGGAAAAGAAAAUGAGAAAGGAGCGGACUACGGUGGAAAAGGGUGGAAACAUGAUCGCUGGCAUUUCUUCAGGACAAGCUCCCCAGCCGACACUCGCAACUUGCUUUGUGGUAAGAAGGCUGAGAUCAACCGCAACUUUGAGAUCAACUAUAUCGUGGUCAAUGACAAAAAGGUUGUUGGUGGCUACCCGUUCUUGCAAGGGGCCAAGGACAAAUUGAAUUCAAUCAAAGACGGCCAGAGGUUGAUUGCCGCCGUCAAAGAAGGAAAGGUGGUGCGAGAUCCACACAUCAUCGAUGGUCAAGAGCAGAAGACGAAGAAUGGUUUCAAUAAGUUCUGGUGGGGUUGGCCUCAGAUCAAUCAGAUGAUGGAUGUGGCUGAGAGAUACUACGAGAAUGAAGUCCACUACAGGUUCCUGGUGAUCGAGGGCACCAAUGUGAAGGGAAAGUACGCCAAACUUGAUGAUGCCAAGGCUAAAUUGAAGACCAUCAAGAAUGGCAACAGAAUGAUCGCAGAAGUCAAGGAGACCAAGGUCCUGGAGAAUCCUCACAGGAUUGCAGGUCAAGCCCAGGAGCCCGACCUAGGUUUCAACAAGUACUGGGGAGGCUGGAACGACAUCAAGAAGAUGGUAGAAGCAGCCAAGUCAUAUGUGAAGAUCAGAAAUCCUCGCAUUGUGAAGUUCACUGGCGAUUCCAUUGCAGAGAUUACCGAAGAGGGCAAGUAUGGCUUCACAUUCGAACGCGGUUGCGAGCCAAUCUACUCCGUGGACGAUAUCACCAAGCAUCAAUGGACUUGGAAGGACUGGGACGAAGGCCGCGGGCUCACAAGCAGACUUGACGACAAGGGCAGACUGUGGAUGGGACGACCAGGCAAGGGCUUUGGAAAGGAUAGCUACGGUCCCGACAAGUUCUAUGGCAAGUGGUUUGUGUGGAGCACUAUAAACUCUGAUGAAACCAGGAAGUUGCUCUGUGGUUUGCCUGCAACGAUUGACUUUGACAACGGCGAGGGUCAAUUCACCAUGACAAUGGAGAGCGGCAACAAGAUGAUGAAUUCACGUGGCGGCGGGCAAUUCUUCUACCGUACAAAGCAUAUUGCCUCCGUACCUACGCUCAAGAUGUACGGGCCUGACGAGGGAACUGGGGCUGUCAAGAACUGGAACGAAGCUGUUGGCUUCUGCAAGAGCAAGGGCCGCGAACUGGCAACCUAUGACCAAAUCUGUGACAAGAGCGGCAAACCAUUUGGCGGUGUGAAGAACGGCAAUCAAUGGACGCCCUACAUUGACACCAAGAAUGGCUUCGCUUCAAUUGGAAACACCGGCUGGGCCAAGCACGAUGCUUGUAUCAAGCACGACGCCAAGGAGGCGUAUGGCGACGGUCCUUCUUGGGGUAUGGACAAUAAGAAGGAAGCCUUUGAAUCCAACUAUAUUCUGUGCGCCAAGGCGGACUUGCAAUGGUUCAGUCCCUCGGACGGUACGGAAAUCAUCACCAACUGGGAGGAUGGUGUCAAAUUCUGCGAGUCCAAGGAGAUGGUGUUGGCUUCCGCUAUGGAGUACUGUUUUGCCGGCAAGCUCUUUGGUGGAAGAAAGCCAGGUCACAACUGGGCCCCCUUUGCCGACCAUGAGAAUGCUUGGGUCAACAUUGGUACUCAAGAUAGUGAGUGUAAGAUUCAUCGCGAUGCUUACGGUGACCCACGAUGGGGUACGGACACCAAGAAACAAACCUGGGAGGCCAACUACGUGCUGUGUAAGCCGGACCAAGGAUCGGGAAAUCAAAGCCCGCCCAACUAAGGCGCGGCAUCAAGUGCCAGUAUUUGUUUGUGAAGAAGUAACUUGAAUAAAUGAUCUAAAAGAAUUUACAAGUC